UCAAUUUAAUAAGAAAUAUAUGAUAUGGCUUUAGUCAUCUGUUUGCAAAUAAUAGAUAUUUAUCGCUUAAUAUACUAAACUUGCUGAACAAAUUUUAUGUGUAGCCUCUGCGAAUACUGCUAUUUGUCGUCUGUAGGAGGUAUCACAAAGUGAAAGCAAUUUUUUUGGAAUGCAACACUGUUACCUGAAAAGAGCGCCAUUUUGACAUAUCAUAAACGAGACUCGAAAAUUUUCCAUACACGCUCAUUCGUCAAAACGCCGCAGUCAGUUGCACGCUCGCUAUUUUCUUUUCGUGAAAAGCCGACAUUUUAUUCAGUUGAAUUAAUUUUGGAAUUUAACAAUUCAAGAAAAUGGGCGUACAAGUAGUUCCAAUCUCACCCGGUGAUGGUAGCACAUUCCCGAAAAAUGGGCAAGUAGUGUCUGUUCACUACACUGGUACUUUGGAUGAUGGUACUAAGUUUGAUUCAUCUCGCGAUCGCAAUAAGCCAUUCAAGUUCACCAUUGGCAUGGGCGAAGUAAUUCGCGGUUGGGAUGAAGGUGUUGCUCAACUCUCCGUUGGACAGCGUGCUAAACUGAUCUGCUCGCCGGAUUAUGCUUACGGCAGUCGCGGUCAUCCAGGUGUCAUUCCCCCAAAUGCUACUCUAACAUUCGAUGUCGAAUUGCUCAAGGUUGAACAAAGAAAUUAAGUAAUAAUUAUUAAAUUAAACAACCUAAAUUAGUUAUAAUUGAGUGCAACCCACUCACAAAUUAAUUCAAAAUUAAACAAAUUAACAUUAAAAAACAUAAAAAUUAUAAAACAAUAAAUCAUAAUCUUUCAAUACAAAAUUCUUACAGCAUACAUACAAGAUUUAGAUACAUACACACACAUAUAUAUAUUUGCAUAUAAAAAUACCUGAACCAAAACCACUUAUCACUCUCAACUUUAUUGAUUGUGCUCUGGUGUUGAUUGGAAGAAGAAGAAGAAG